UGUAAUGGCGGCUGUGUGCACGGCAUAGGUGACGUGUCCGUGUUAUUUCUUUAAUCUUUUGGAGUUUAUUUUUUAAGAAAGUGUCAAAAAAUCGAGAACAAUGAAUGCUUUUAAAAGAGAUAAAAAAGAAGAGGAAGAUGGUGGAGGAAAUCCAUUUCAAAAUUUAGAAAAAACUACAGUACUUCAAGAAGCUCGAACAUUCAAUGAUACCCCAGUUAAUCCAAGAAAAUGUGCUCACAUAUUGACAAAAAUUUUGUAUUUAUUGAAUCAAGGCGAACAAUUAGGAACCACAGAAGCCACAGAGGCAUUUUUCGCCAUGACAAAACUCUUCCAAUCCCGAGAUGUGGUACUGAGGCGUUUAGUUUAUCUGGGAAUCAAAGAAUUAAGCUCGGUUGCAGAAGAUGUGAUCAUUGUUACGUCGAGUCUAACAAAAGAUAUGACCGGAAAAGAAGAUUUAUAUAGAGCUGCUGCAAUAAGAGCAUUAUGCACAAUUACUGACGGUGGAAUGCUUGCUGCUAUUGAAAGAUAUAUGAAACAAGCUAUUGUUGAUAAAUCUCCAGCAGUAUCAAGUGCUGCUUUAGUUUCUUCCCUACAUUUAAGUAAUGUAUCUGGAGAUGUAGCACGUAGAUGGGCAAAUGAAGCCCAAGAAGCUCUUAAUUCUGAUAAUGUAAUGGUUCAAUAUCACGCUCUUGGUGUUUUAUAUCAAGCGAGAAAGUCUGAUAAGCAUGCAGUAAUUAAAUUAGUCGCAAGACUUAUUAGGACAAGUCCAAAAAGUCCUUAUGCAACAUGUAUGCUUAUCAGGAUGGCUUGUAAACUAUUGGAUGAUGUAAAUGAGAGUGGAGAAUUGUUAGAAUUUAUCGAAUGUUGUCUAAGACAUAAAUCUGAGAUGGUUGUUUAUGAAGCAGCACAUGCUCUAGUUAAUCUUGGACGUAGUGGAAUUCGUGAAAUUGCACCAGCAAUAAGUGUUCUCCAACUUUUCUGUGGAUCACCAAAAGCAGCAUUAAGAUUUGCUGCAGUACGAACACUUAAUAAGGUUGCAAUGACUCAUCCAGCUGCUGUUACUGCAUGUAAUUUAGAUUUAGAAAAUCUUAUUACAGAUUCAAAUAGAUCUAUUGCUACUUUGGCUAUCACGACUCUUCUUAAAACUGGAGCUGAGAGUUCUGUUGAUCGAUUAAUGAAACAGAUAGCAACAUUUGUAUCUGAAAUUUCAGAUGAAUUUAAAGUAGUUGUUGUUCAAGCAAUUCGUGCUUUAUGUCAAAAAUUCCCACGGAAACAUGCUGUGCUCAUGAACUUUCUUUCAGCAAUGUUGAGGGAUGAAGGAGGAUUAGAAUACAAAGCUGCGAUUGCUGAUACAAUAAUUGCAGUAAUGGAAGGAAAUGCUGAAGCAAAAGAAGCGGGAUUAGCGCAUCUUUGUGAAUUUAUUGAAGAUUGUGAACAUACAUCUCUUGCAGUAAGAAUUCUUCAUUUGCUUGGUCAAGAAGGUCCAACAUCUAAACAACCUUCUAGAUACAUUCGAUUUAUUUACAAUCGAGUAAUUCUUGAAAGUGCAAGCGUAAGAGCUGCUGCUGUUACUGCUUUAGCCCGUUUUGCUGCUGCUUGUCCAGAUCUUUUGCCUAAUGUACUUGUAUUACUCUCACGUUGUCAGUUGGAUUCUGAUGAUGAAGUUCGUGAUAGAGCUGCAUAUUAUUGUACUAUUCUACAACAACAUAAUGAUCCAUCAGUAUUACCACUUAUUCAUCCACCACAAUUAUCCAUUCCAAGUCUUGAACGUGCACUCCGUAAUUACACGAAAUCUUCAAUGGAGGAACCAUUUGAUAUUAGUCAAGUACCACCAGCACAAGUUGCUGAAGAGCCAACACCAGCUGAAAUUCAACUAGUAACAAAACCAGCUCAACCAAGAUUAACAAGAGAAGAAAGUUAUGCUGAAAAAUUGUCACAAGUUCCACAAUUAGCUAUGAUUCUUCAAGAAUCUUCAUUGUUCAAAUCUUCACCUGUAUUUGAGCUGACUGAGUCUGAAACUGAAUACAAUGUAAAAUGCGUCAAACACUCUUGUGGGGAUUAUCUUAUUUUACAAUUUGAUUGUUUAAAUACACUUUCUGAUCAAUUACUUGAGGAUGUUACAGUUGCAGUUGAAGCACCAGAAGGUUAUACAAUUAUUUGUGAAAUUCCUUGUCCUAAAUUAGCUUAUAAUGAAUUAGGAACAACAUACACUGUCUUGCAAUACCCAGAAGAUAUUCAUUCAAGCGUUAUGACGACUCCAACAACUUUGAAAUUUGUUGCUCGAGAUUGUGAUCCUUCUACUGGUAUUCCUGAAGCUGAUCAAGGUUAUCAGGAUGACUAUGUGUUGGAAGAUCUCGAAGUUACACUUGCAGAUCAAAUGCGUGGAUCAGGCACAAGGGGAAUGGAUAUAAAUGCUGCUUGGGAAUCAGCAGCAUCAAGAGGUUUUGAGUGUAUGGAGGAAACCUUUGCAUUGGGUGCCAAUGUUACUACUUUAGAGGCUGCCGUUCAGAGUUUAGUUGGAUUUUUAGGUCUUGAACCUGCUGAUCGUAGUGAUAGAAUUCAGCCUGGAGCUACUUCUCAUAUGCUACUUCUUCAUGGAUUCUUCCGAGGAGGAAAAGAAAUUUUUGCUCGUGCUAGAUUAGCUUUAGCUAAUAAUCAAGUAACUAUGCAAUUGUCUGUGCGUUCUCAAGAUCCAGAUGUGGCAUCUCUUGUCAUGUCAUCUGUUGGAUAAAUCUUUUUUAUUCGUCUAAAUUAAAAAAAUUAUCCUAGAAGUUUAAAAAUUUAUUCACAUUUUUAUUAUUGUCAUAAUUAUCUUUAAGUAAUAAAAAUAUGUAUA